GUCGGAAGUAUUUUGCGCACGCGCUUUGCGUCAGGGCAGUUCCAUAGCAACCGUAAACCAACAUGGCAAAAGCAACAACAAUCAAAGAGGCUUUGGAGAAAUGGGAAGAGAAAACAAAAGAAAAGGCGAGCGAGGCCACAGCAGUGAAGCUUUACUGUCAGAUUCCUCCCAUUGAGAAAAUGGACGCAUCCCUCUCCAAUCUGGUCAACUGCGAGAGAUUAUCCUUAUCUACAAACUGUAUUGAGAAAAUUGCCAACUUGAAUGGCUUGAAGAACCUGAAAAUACUGUCCCUGGGGAGGAACAACAUCAAAAACCUUAAUGGACUUGAGGCAGUAGGUGAUACUUUGGAGGAGCUGUGGAUCUCUUAUAACCUCAUAGAAAAGCUAAAGGGGGUACAUGUUAUGAAGAAACUCAAAGUUCUGUACAUGUCCAACAACUUGGUCAAGGAGUGGGCGGAGUUUCUGAAGCUGGCAGACCUUCCAACUCUGGUGGAUCUUGUGUUUGUGGGGAACCCAUUAGAAGAAAAGUAUGCUACUGAUGGUAACUGGAUAGAGGAAGCAACAAAGAGGCUUCCCAAGCUUAAAAAGCUAGAUGGCAUCCCAGUCAUCAAGCGAGAGGAAGAGGAAGCUGAAGGGGAAAGUUAAUGCUUUUUUAAUUCUAAAAUUGGUAUGUUUUAUGUCAAACACCAGCAUUUUAACUAUGAAAAUUCUGUGCAAUAUUUGUAUUAUUUUCAUUUUUAUUGUGUAUUUAUAUAAGCUGAAAAGCUACAUUCACUUUAUCCAAUAAAUAAUGUCUGUAUUACGUAGAUAAUUAAAACUGCUUUGAAUCUAAAGUUUAUUAGAGAGUUUUAAAAUGUCUAAUCUAAGGGCAGUUUUUGUCCUACAAGUUCUUUAUUAUACAUUGUUCUUAUAGUAAAUUGUAAGCACAAGGUGAUUAAUUUGAUAUUGAAGCCUGUUUCCUACGAGUAAUUUAAAAAUCAUUGGGAAUGAGUAACUUACUAUGUUUGCGCAGUGGCGCUAUAACCACAAUUGUAACACACAAAUUAAUGAUAUUGUAUUUUUUUUCCUGUUAAAAAUUGUAUAAGUAUGUUUUUAAUAUAUUUUAAAAAUAUAUUAUAAACAUAUUAAUAUUAUUUUAAGCAAACGUGUAGCAUGUGUUAAGGAAUGAUAAUAAUUGAGGAAGUCUGUGACCUCUAAAUGGUAUGAAGAUAUUUUUUGUCUACUGUUUUAUAUCCCAAGAAAAAUAAACAAUUUUGUCCUCUGCCAUAAGUUAUGAUUAGAUUUUUAUUAAAUUCAACAGAUUUGUAUCGCAAAUUUUGAUUUUUAUUACAAUUUUGAUUAAGGCGAGAUGACAAGUCUUCAACAGCAGAGGGCAGUGGAGGGUUUAAAAACAAUACCAAUAACAGAAACUUACAUUUCUGAGUUUAGCCCAAAAUUAAUCAUCAUGAACAUUAAUGUGUUUCCAGUUUUUCUACAAUUGUAACAUAUUAACAAACUAUUUAGAAAAUCUAUCAUGUUACGUAUCAUGUUCAUUUAUUGACCAAGUUAAAGGCCACGUUCUGUC